AUGCAUGCAGGAAGAGAGAAGACUCGGAGCGCGACUUGUCAGAGCGAUAGCACGCGUCUGCAGCUGCAGUUCCCCGCCAUUUGUUCUCAUUUCCGCCGGCGCCAAGGGCGGAGCGGGGCGUCCCUGAUUCGUGUGCAGCCCACAUCAUCUACCAACCUCCGCUAUCCCACCACUCUGCCCAAGACACCUCUACGAUUCGCACGCGCACCCAUCCCCUCACCAACGGGCCCUCUUGAGCAGCUUCUUGCAAUCGACCAUCUCCGCGGGCAGUCGCAAAGAUGGCGUCCCAAACCCCCGCCGUUGUCAUGGACAAGUUUCGCCGGCAACGAUUCGCCCUCCUUCGUCUUCCCCACGGCCAUAGCUACGAAAGGCCCAACAGGCGGUAGCGGUGGUUCAGGCUCCGGCCGCCCCGCGGUCGCAAACAAGCCCUCUUUCCUGACCGGCGGCGCUGGACCCGGUGGGCAUCUCUCUGGGAAGCGCGGCACUGAAGACCUGGACUUCUUUAUCGGAGACGAGGCUCUCGCGGCAGCAGGAGGCGCCGGCUAUGGCAUCAACUACCCGAUCAGUCGCCCGAUUGCUGACAAGGAACAGCCACUGAACCCUCCCGAGAACCGUGAAGCUACUGCUGAGAUCAUGUUUGAGUCUUUCAAUGUAGCCGGUCUAUAUAUCGCUGUACAGGCCGUCCUUGCACUAGCUGCCUCGUGGACUAGCUCCAAAGUCCAAGACCGGUCCCUCACUGGUACUGUCAUCGACUCUGGUGCCGGUGUCACCCACGUCAUUCCCGUUGCCGAGGGGUACGUUAUUGGCUCGUCAAUCAAGAGUGUCCCAAUUGCAGGUCGCGACAUCACGAAUUUCGUGCAAUCACUCCUCCGAGAGCGUGGUGAGCCAGACAGCUCGCUCCAGACCGCGGAGCGCAUCAAGGAAGAAUACUGCUAUGUGUGCCCGGACAUCGUCAAGGAGUUCGCGCGCUUCGACCGCGAGUCGGACGACCGAUUCAAGAAGCACACCGUGAACUACCCCAACGGCAAGACGACUGUCGUCGAUGUCGGAUACGAACGCUUCCUCGCGCCCGAGAUCUUCUUCAACCCCGAGAUUUACUCCUCAGAUUUCCUGACCCCGCUCCCCACCAUCGUCGACAACGUCAUUCAGACUUCACCUAUUGACGUGCGAAGAGGACUGUACAAGAACAUUGUGCUCUCUGGAGGUUCGACGCUUUACAAGGAUUUCGGUCGUCGCCUGCAGCGUGACAUUAGGCACCUGGUAGACGCGAGGAUUAAGGCUUCGGAAGCAAGGAGCGGUGGCGCAAAGAGUGGUGGUCUGGAAGUAUCCGUCAUUACACACAAGAGGCAACGACACGGUCCAUGGUUCGGAGGCAGUUUGCUUGGCCAGACGCCAGAGUUCAAGAGCUACUGCCACACCAAGGCCGAGUACGACGAGAUAGGCCCCAGCAUUGUGCGAAGGUUUGCGCUUUUGGGUGGACCGGGUAGCACAUGAGUUUAGAAUGGCGUGGAUUGAUGUUGGGAGAUUAUAUUGAGCGAGUAUGAGAUAACUGCAAAAGUCCAAGAAUGAGACCAGAUUCAUUGCAAGGUC